AUGGCGCACCUCGAAGAUGUACAGGUCGGUGACGUGGUCAAUGUCCCAGGUGGCAUGCAUGGGACGAUCAAAUAUUUGGGAUCGGUAGCGGGGAAGCCCGGACGAUUUGCAGGAGUUGAACUGAGCGUCGAGCACGCGCAACGAGGCAAAAACAGCGGCGAUGUGGAAGGCCGCAAGUACUUUACAACAUCGAUCCCGGGCUCUGGCAUAUUCGUUCCGAUGAACAACAACAAAUAUGUCACAAGGCGAUCGACCUCGAAUAUUUCUACAACAGUUACUCCUGCACGUGGAGGACCUAUCAAUUUCAGCAAAUCUGUCGGCACUGCUCUUGCUACGCCCCGUCCUCGAGUCCGUCGACCUUCUCUCCCUCGACCUGAAUCUCCGCGCGUGCCUCCUCCCAAACUGAGCCUGAGUGGUUUGCGUACACCAUCAGCAGCAUCCAGGGCUAGCGGCCUCACUGGCGGUAUGCGCAGCCCUGUCAAGGCGCCGUCUCGGCUGUCUGAUAGACCUUCGUCGCGAAUUAGUAUGGAUGAUGAUGCUUCAUCAUAUGGACGACCAUCGGACUUCCAUCGACCGCUUUCAUCAGAAAUUCAAGACCUGAAAGAUCAGAUCAAGAGUUUAGAGAAGCAGCUUCUGGACCGAGACAGGCAGCUCGAUGAGCAGUCUGGAACUUUGAAUGAGUUCCAAAAAACCUUGGAGGAAUUGGAGGGAUCGGAAGGCCACUCGAUCCGUACACAGCUGCGUGAACGUAACGAGCGAAUCACCCAGCUAACAUCUGAAUUCGAUGUUCACCGUGCAGACUUCAGAAGCACCCUCGAUACAUUGGAAAUUGCAGCUUCUGAAACCGAACGCGUUUACGAGCAGCGUCUCGACGAGCUCAUGCAGCAGAAUAAGGAACUGCAAGACCGCGGUGAGGAUGUUGAGAUUGUUGCGCAGCAGCUCAAGCAGUUGGAAGAGCUGGUGUCAGAGUUAGAGGAAGGGCUCGAGGACGCCCGGCGUGGAGAGGCUGAGGCUAGGGCCGAGGUCGAAUUCCUCCGCGGUGAAGUUGAGCGAACCAAGCUAGAGCUAAAGAAAGAGCGUGAUCACUCUGCCGCUGCGCUGAAAGGUGCACACACAUCGUCCGACGCGCCCCGAAGUAAUAAUGACUUGGACCAGAAGGAUGAUGAGAUCCGAGGACUCAAGGCCAUUAUCCACUCUUUGAGCCGAGGAAAUACCAGCGGGGAGGAUCUGGGACAAAACGAUUCGGCGGAUUAUGAACACAACCCCGAACAUCUUAAUCAGCUGGAACUGCGACUCCAAGAAGUCGAAGAAUCUAUGAACUUCAAAGAUGAUCGGAUCGAAGAGCUUGAGCGUGAACUUCAGGAAAUGCACCUGCAGUCGGGUGGUGGUCGUGAUCGCAGCUCUACAAUCACUCUUUCACCUAAACAACAAAAGCCAUCGCAUCCUGCCAGCAAUAUCUCCCACCCUUCCAAUAACAACAACCCUCACCGUCUCUCCGAUCGCACAGUGGUUCCAACCGAUUGGCAUGAUGCUCCUUCCGAACCCCGCCAUCACCGCGGUGUCUCCAAUUCCUCCCAAUCGAGACUGGAGACCAUGCAUGAAUCCGAACGCUCUUCCGAUGAGGAUACUAUGUGGUGCGAAAUUUGCGAGACGGGUGGCCAUGAUAUCUUGAACUGCACCAGCAUGUUCGGCUCUGGUCACAACGCCACUGAACAGAAGAAGCCUAUGGAACACACUGACGACGAGCGGGCUGAGGAUCAUUCUGUUGAGAAGACAGAACCACUCCAGCCUAAAACCUCGAGGAACCCUGACGACAUUCCUCCCGCGCUCAGAACUGGACGUGAUGCGGUCAUGGAGGGACUAAAAAGCAUCGGUGGGCUGGGUUCAUCCAUGGCUCCUAUUGCCGGUAAGUCAUCGGGAGUCAUUGAUGAGUCUAAGUGGUGUGCUCUCUGUGAGCGCGACGGCCAUGAGAGCAUCGAUUGCCCACUUGACGAAUAA